AUGCUCUGGGUCUUGAAACAAGGCAUAAACCCAAUUCCAAACCCAACAAUCUUGCACAGCAAUUCGAUUGGCUUUUUGUUCAUUUCUAUCCUCUCAGCCACCUACUUCUUGCUUGCCAACCCCAAGGAUAGCCGUGACUUCGUCAACGCCAAUGGCACCACGAAAAGCUUCUUCUCUCGUUUAUACGAGGCACUUCGCAUUAUGAUGCUGACCCGUGCAAUUAAUACACCUCGCCAAGUCAAGAAUGUCCCAGGCCCCCCAGCCUACUACGCCAAACGCGAUCCUAAGGUAAUUCCUCGAGGUCGCUUCUUGGUUCGCGAAACUUCAAUUGCCGUAUGGCAAUUCCUAGCAUUGAGUAUGUUUGAAACAUUAUCUGCCCAGGAAGCGUCGAAAAAGCCUGCGCCCGUAUCUUUCGAGGUACAGUGGUUUGUCCCAGUGGACCAAUGGGUCGAACGAAUUAUUUCGAAUGUCAUCACAUGGUUCGUUGUAGCCCGGAUCCUCAUCGAUCUCAACGCUCGCAUUUGUGCAAUUCUCUGUGUCGGUUUGGGGCUUGAUACUCCUGCAGAUUCUCCGCCCACUUUUAGGACUAUGGCGGAUGCAUAUUCUCUGAGGAAUUUCUGGGGAAAAUUCUGGCAUCAACUGCUUCGACAGCCUUUCACGUCACUCAGCAAUUUCAUUGCGCGCGAUGUGCUCUGCCUGCCUAGGUCGUCCCUGGUGGAACGAUACACCAACGUGUUUAUCGUUUGCUUCUUCUCGGGUCUGUUGCAUUUACUUGUCGAUAUUUUGGGAUGUGUUCCAGCCCAGGGGUCUGGGUCCAUGUUCUUCUUCCUCUCUUUUGUUUUGGGCUUCAUGAUCGAGGAUGGUGUCAAGGCGAUGUGGAAAAGUAUGUAUCCUCAAGCCAAGGAGUCCGCCGCCCGCCUCCGCUUUGGCAAAGAGCCCUUGGAUUUGUCUGGGUAAUGGUUUGGAUUGGUGUUGUGUCUACUGCCUACUUUGUACCGAUGCAGCGACCGGAAUCCCGGGCGCUGCUGGUACCUUUAACGUCUCAGAGUGGAUUGGUCUUCCUACUCUGGUGGGGAUUGUGGGCGUUGGUGCUGCUGCCUUGAAAUUUGUUUUCGAGGUUGAGCUGUAAGGAUAGUCGUCAAUUCUCGGUUUAUAUAAAUCCUGCCUAUGUGUGUUGAGGAUACUAUGGAGAUGUAUAUACGUUUCGAUGUCUACAGAACCAAGU